AUGGCUCGAAGCAUGGACCGGGCUGCUGCUCCCUUGAACUGCACGGAGGGUGAGGGCGGUGAGGGGGUUGAGAGGGCAGCAAAGGGAGGGGGUCUGUCUGAGGCCCAUGGUGAGGCGACUGCACGUCCUUCCAGUAGCAGCCUGCCGUGGCAGUGGUCCAUGGCUCGAAGCAUGGACCGGGCUGCUGCUCCUUUAAACUGCACGGAGGAUGAGGAGAAGAGGGGUGAGGGGGGGGUAGGGAGGAGAGGAGUACAAGAGGAUGAUGCACGCACAUCCAGCAGCAGCCUGUCGCGGCAGUGGCCCAUGGCUCGAAGCACGGCACGGGCUGCUGCUCCCUUGAAAUGCACAGUGGGUGCAGUGCAGGCAGAGAGGCAAGAUGAUGAAUGGGAAGGAGAGAGGGGAGUAGAGAGGGGCGACCACACGUCCAGCAGCAGCCUUUUGCUGCAGUGCUCCAGCAGAAGCCGGAAGCUUCUCUGCAAGUUCCUCAGUGGUGAGGAUGACGUCAUGCAGGGCCCCCAGUUGGGGAGCCGCCACUGCAGUGACGCUGCCGCCAGUGCUGUCAGUGAGUUUGCUGUCAGUGAGUUUGCUGUCAGGCCACCUGCGCCUGGAUCAGGCGUGUGGAACGCCAGUGGCAUCUGGCGCAAGGAGGGGAGCAGGGGAGAUCGAGACAAGGGGGCGGGGGGGGAGUUGAGGGGAGCAGAGGGGAUUGGUGGGGGCAGUGGUGGGGGGAGCAGGGGGGAUUUUGGGAAACAGGGAGGGUUGAGGGGAGCAGAGGGGAACUGA